AUGACGGCCUUGAGCCAAUGGGAGUCGCGGGAUAUGCCUGUUACUGACGAAAAGGCAUCACGUAACGUGCCACAGUGGACGAAGGGCAACUACGAAAUCAACUGGUUGGCUGUCACCGUCUUAGCUGUGCCUCCAAUCGCGGUUUUUGUGGCUAUUUUGGCGGGUGUUCCUCUGUUGGCAAAGACCCUCGUGGUGGCGGCUUUCUUCUACGUCUUUAACGGCAUGAUUGGUAUUACCUUUGGUUAUCAUCGUCUUUUUUCUCACCGAAGCUUUAUUGCACACCCGAUACUUCAGUGGAUUUGCGCGUUUGCUGGCGCAGGUGCUUUUGAGGGCUCAGCCAAGUGGUGGGGCCGCAAUCACCGCAUCCACCAUCGCUACGUGGACACUCCCAAGGACCCGUAUGACGCCACCCGUGGGUUCUUUUUUUCCCACAUGGGCUGGAUGAUCAUGAAGCAGGAUUAUGCGCUUCUUGGGAAGGUUGACGUGAGUGAUUUCAGGUACAACAACAUCAUUCAGUUUCAGCAUCGCCAUUUUUUCAAAAUUGCCAUGGUGUCCGGUAUUAUUCUCCCAACGUUGAUCUGCGGCCUUGGCUGGGGCGAUUGGCUUGGCGGGUACUUCUAUGCGGGGCUCGCGAAGGUGGUGUUUGUGCAUCACUGUACCUUUUUCAUCAACAGCUUGGCCCAUAAGGGUUGGCUGGGCGCAGUGCAGAAUUACUCCGAUCGUCAUACCUCACAUGACUCCUUUGUCUGUGCACUGCUAACGUUUGGCGAGGGGUACCACAAUUUUCAUCACGAGUUUGCACAGGACUAUCGCAACGGCAUCAAAUGGUACCAUUUCGAUCCGACCAAGUGGACUAUUCGUCUGUGUGAAUUUUUGAGGCUGGCCACCCAUCUUGUGCGCACUCCUAACGAUGUGAUUGAGCGAAACGUGAAGAAGCUCCUGUACAGUAAGCUCGGCAGGCAGCUGGGGCUCCUCGAGGAACAGUUAAAGGAGCUUGAGCUCCCCACAACUGAGGAGUACACGUGGGAUGAUAUUGCCCGACUUGUGCGGCAGGGUCAAAAACUGACUGUGAUUGACGACAGUGUUGUUGAUUUGCAGAGGUCGGUUCCAACAGGCCCUGGUUACACGCACUCUGAUGAGAAAAUUGUGUGGUACGACGCCCACCCGGGAGGGAAGAAGAUGUUGGACAUGUUCGUGGGCAAGGAUGCCACAAGGGUGUUCUACGGGGGAAUAUACAAGCACUCGCUGGGCGCUGAGGGCCUGAUUCCUCACCUGCGGAUCGCCAAACUGAAGCGUCAGUAG